GCUACAACAGAAGGAGGUGUUCUCAGAAUUCUGCUUCUCACCAUUAGCUGGCAUCAUUCUUUUCCUGCCCUAAUGUAUGUGGAGUACUGUGGUUUACUCAGCGUUCAAACUAGUCUAGCUGUUUAAGAUGAAAACCACAACUGUACAACUAUCUGGGAGCUAGUGAACGAUUUCUACCUCCUCUUUUUCCCUUCCUAUUGACACAAAAGGUGAUACUGCAAGUUGUUAGAAAAACCAACCAACCAAAAAAAAAACCAAACCCCAACAUUUUGUGAAGCAGCCUGCCAUGUGGAUAAUUUAGCGUUUUUGUUACUGUGGAGUUUUGAGACUUGGCUCUCAAAUAGUUCCGUGUUUACUCAGGAAUGCUGCAGCCAAUUGCAAGAAUGGAGAGAAGAGGAAAAUGUGUUAAUUAUCUGCAUAAGAUGUUCAUGUUUGGUGCCACAUUUCAUGUGUUUUUAUAUCCACUGAAGCAAAGUGAGGAAAGUGCUGUGCUGGGGCAGUGUGUGUGCAUGGCUUAGAGCUGAAUAGAUGGAAAUGGUUAAAAGGGGUUCUCUGCUAGAGAGGAGGAGGGGAGAGUAAGAGUGCAUUCCCAAAAAAGUACAUUCCCAAAAUAAAAGGCUUACAUCAUGGACCUCUUCAGCUUUCCCACACUUCUUUCCUAAUUAUUGUCCUGCAGGACAGCUGAUCUAUUUCAAACAGGAAGCUGUUUACAGAUAACACUUGCAACUGUUUUGUCUGAUUUGUUGAACUGUCGAAAAGCAAAAGACAACCUCUUUUCAAAUUAAAAACUGUCAGACUUCUGUAAACAGCAGCAAUGAGGUUCAUCUGUGCAGUGUCCCUGCAGGCACAGAGCGUUCUGCAGUUCCCGUUUUCUCAGGAACCAUAAGGAGUCAGUGACCUGUAAGUGCUCAUUAUGAAGAGAGAUCUGGUUUUCUUGGUGACUCUAAUUAGCCUUGCCUUCCUGUCACUGCUAAGGUCUGGAUAUCCUCAACAUAUUGCAGAGGAGUCCUGCUCUGUUCAAAUUCUUGUUCCAGGCCUCAAAGGGGAGGCUGGAGAAAAGGGGGAGAAAGGUGCUCCAGGUCGUCCAGGCAGAGUUGGGCCUCCAGGAGAAAAAGGAGAAAUGGGGGACAAAGGACAGAAAGGCAGCAUGGGACGGCAUGGAAAAAUUGGUCCUAUUGGUUCAAAAGGUGAAAAAGGAGACGUAGGUGACAUAGGACCACCAGGUCCUAAUGGUGACCCAGGCAUCCCCUGUGAGUGCAGCCAGCUAAGGAAGGCUAUUGGUGAGAUGGAUAUCCAAGUGGCCCAGCUGACAACGGAACUAAAAUUCAUAAAAAAUGCACUGCCCUCCCCCGCAGCUGUUGCUGGUGUGCGUGAGACAGAUAAUAAGAUAUAUCUGCUGGUGAAGGAAGAGAAAAGAUACAAGGAAGCCCAGCUCUACUGCCAUGGAAGAGGAGGGACGCUGAGCAUGCCCAAGGAUGAGACUGCCAACAAUCUGAUCGCCUCAUACAUCAACCAAGCUGGGCUCACCAGAGUUUUCAUUGGGAUUAACGACUUAGAGAAAGAGGGAAAUUUUGUCUAUUCUGACCGAUCACCCAUGCAGACCUUCAACAAAUGGCGCAGUGGGGAGCCCAACAAUGCCUAUGACGAGGAGGACUGUGUGGAGAUGGUGGCGUCUGGAGGGUGGAAUGAUGUUGCGUGUCAUAUUACCAUGUAUUUUGUGUGUGAAUUUGACAAGGAAAAUGUGUAAGCUUGUCUGCUCUUUCUUUAUUUCAAGAAAAGAUUUUAAGCCGAUUGUACAAGUUACUCCAUGUUUAUAAAGUACAAAUGAUAUUUUGCAAGUAUGUAGCGUCAACGUUGUACAGCUGUAAAUACAAUUUAGGUAUUUCAAAUAUCAGUAUUUACCCUUCAGAAGGGAAGAGCAAUGAUGAGACAUAGCUUGGUUUUUCUGUAGGAAAUACAUGUAUUUAGAUAAAAAUGUGGUUUGGGGCCAGAUUCUGCCGUCACAACAGUUAACAUAUGUGACUGGGUGACUGUAAGGGAAGGCAGAAUUUGGCCUCUAGUUGUCAGAAUGAUUAUUUCUGAAGAAGUAGAUUCCUGAUAUUCUUUUAUCUUAGCAAAAUUUGUAGCUAUAAAAGUUAAUUGCUUGUAGUGCUACAGGGAUAUUUCCGUAACAAGGCAACUAUUUUGUAUACUCCAGUUAAUAAGUACAAAUAUUACUGUAAGGUUUUGGAUGUGAAGGUGUCACAACUCUCUUCUUUUUAAAACAGCCAAAGCAAACCAACAAAUCAGGAGUCCUACCAAUUUUAUAACGUGACUUUAUUAAACUGUUCACAGCUGUAUAGGAGACACUUAAGUAAACUGUGUUUCAGUGCUGAGAGAGGACAGAGUUCUUAUAAUUUAGUAUUGAAAGAGGGAUCCAGCCAGAUGGCUGUUUUGGGGUUGGCUAAAGGUAAAUGUGAGAUUUUGGUUUUCUGCAUUCUGUAACUGAGAAUGAUUCAGCGCAUGAACUAUUUAGGCCCCAAAUAAUUCUUAAAGUACAUGCAUUUCACAUUUGCAUAAGGUGAUCUUGGUGUAUCUUGUUACAAACCAAACAGAAUACCACUCUCCACAAUUUAAUGCAGGCUUCAUAAAUAGAUAACGAAUUGUCAGAUUGUAAGGUUGACCCCCUGAAAAGCAGCAAAAGUUUCCAAGAUUUUCCUCACUGUGUAUAUAGCAGUAAUAACUAACUUUGCACAAAUGAUUUUUGUACCACAUUUACAAUUGCAUGUGAUGGGAAAAUGUGAUAUGCAUUAAAAUAAAACCCAACAACAUAAUUUCACAAAGGAAAUACUUUGGAUCUUCCUAGGAGCCAGUUGCACGACGUCUUACCUUCCUGUCAGGCAUAGAAAGAUUGCUUCAGAAUCUCUGACUGUGUUUCCUCAGCAGUACCUUGCAGAGUGUUUUAAGUUGAUUUUUAAGGAGGAACGAUCCUUUGUAUAACAUAGUAAUCAAAAUACGUAUCUGAUCAUUAUCAGAGAUUAGUCUACAACAUAUCCACAGAGGAUGUGGCAUGUGGUUCCAGAGAUUUCCCUGUAGCAAAGCAAGACCAACUCAUAUCAACUCUACAGUGCUGUGGUAUAUAAAUAAUUAAUGACCACACAAUUCUAUUCAUAUCCACAGAAUCUGAAAAUACUUGAUGCAAUGCUGUUAUUUUAUACCUAAGAAAACAAACCAUUUUGAUUGCUAUAUUUGCUCUGUGAAUUUGAAUCCAUUAUAUAUAUAAUUUUAUAUAUAUAAUGGAUAUUAUUAAUAUUAUUUUUGAAGAUCAGUAGGAAAUUCCUCUAUUAUUUGAGUAUCAGCCUGGCUCCAGAGCAGUAGUUCUAAGAAGUGAACAUUCAUUUGAUUGCUUUGCUUUCUUUGCAAUAAAAGUAGGUAUCAGUCCUGUAUGUUAGGCAUUCUUCCAACUGUAUAUUGAAAUCUAUUAAAUAAUGUGAAUAUGGUGCUACAAUAAUAUUCAAAGACUCUUUACGGAUUUUGCAGGAAGCUAAGAAUUUCAUGGUAUGAGUUGUUUGUUUAGAAUAGUGCCUUUUGAAUAUCAUGAUUGUUUCCUGCCUGCUGCAGAAAUCCUCAGAAGCUGUUUAAAUCUCCAACAUACUUUUGUUGAAUCAUUGUAGCUGUAUUAAAACAGACCAAACCUGAAUUACAGAUACCUGGAGCUCCCUCAUUAUGUAUGUGCUGAAGUUGCUAACUUUAUUGUUCACCCAGGUUUUGAAAGUCUCUAUUGUAAUGUUUGAUUUCCUCAGAAACAUGAAAAGAGGCCUUUUGAGAAGGUGGGAAGCUUUUUCAGAUGCCAAAUACUCCCAUGUUUAUAAAGAUUGAUUUGACAUGUAGAGCAUUUAAGCAGUCUCAAUUCCUGUUAAAAUUUAAGAUUAAAAAUAAAGGCAAUGGAGAA